GGAACCUUCAUAUCGAAUACCAGUUGCUCGAAUUCGUGCAAUAAAACGUCGUGCAGACGUUCACGAUCUGUCAAUCCAUCGAGGGAUUGUAUUUGUUUUUAAUUUUGAGAAAUAUAGCAUGCUCAUAUCAAUAUGGAUUCGUUGGUACAGAAAAUAAUCUCUGAUUCGACUGAGGAGUUCCCAAAAGACAUAGCUACUUUUCAGGAAAACUAUGGAACCAAGACUACGUUCGAAGAAUUAAACAAGGAUCAAUUACGGGAAAAGCUAUGGCAAGCUCUGUUUCUUCAGAUAUCUGAUAAUUCAAAAUCUCUCAUUCAUGAACAAUGUCUGUCCACCUUACGGAUUCUUAGCCGCGAUAAGACAAAUUUAAAUGAAUUAGUGACAAUCGAAAGAAUAAAUCUAAUAUUAGAUAAAGCAGCUUUAAAAGAUGCUGAUUCGGAGAAACAGACUUUCACUGGUGUUACCACUGAAGCGUUAAAGUUACUAUGCAACCUUAUAUUUAAUAGCACAAAUGUACAAUAUCUAAUACCGAAAACAUCUUGUUUACCUUCUCUCGUUGAACGAAUGAGACGAUAUAACAAAACUACUUCUUACGAUGUAAUGUUAUUUGACACAAGAAUUUUAUUUUUAAUCACUGCAAUAAAUAGUCCCACACGAAAAGUAGUCAAAGUAGGCUUAAAAGGAGACGAAUGUCUCAUUAAAAUGUUGGAAGAGAUAAAUAUUCAAUGUGAAGAAAAGAAAACUGAUCUAAUUAAGACGGAUACUGCAAUGUUAGCAUGCGAAGUAUUAAAAACAUUAUUUAACUUAUACAUGUGUGUUGAUGAUUCAACAGAUGAUAAACAAGAAAAAGAUAAGAAUUUAAUGUCAAACCUGUAUAAAUUACUGUUAUUUAAGUGCGAGAAAGAAGACGAUCUGCAAAGCAAUAUAGUUAAUUUACUGACAGUUAUGCCAUAUAGCAGUUACUCUGCAAUCAUACCUUCUGUACAGUACAAAAAGAAGCAAUGUCCUAAAACGAAACAAGUAUUCCAAGACGUGGAUAUGACAGCUGUAUCCAUUCUAUUAAAAUUUCUUGAUAAAAGGUUAAAUUGCAAGGAUGACUUGAUAGGAAAUCUUAGUCCGAUUGUUACUGUUCUUAUUAGAAUGGUUAAAACUGAAAGAUUAAUACGAAAGUAUACUAGGCUACAGAUUUUACCUCCUUUGAAAGAUGUAAUGCAUCGUCCAGAAGAAGGAACGACUCUAAGAGCAAAGCUGUGUAAACUGUUAACUAUUCCACUGACAGAAUUACGAGACCUGGUUGCUGAAUUUCUAUUUGUGCUCUGUAAAGAAAAUGUUAGUCGCAUGGUAAAGUACACAGGAUAUGGAAACGCAGCAGGCAUGUUUGCGAACAAGGGAUUAUUAGGUCCAAAUAGGAAGGAGGCAGAUUAUUCUUCGGAAUCAGAGGACAGCGAAACUGAGGAGUACCUGAAGCAUAAGGAACAAAUUAAUCCGGUAACUGGUUGCUUUGAACAUCCAAAGCCUAAUCCUCUAGAAGGAAUGUCAGAGGAACAAAAGGAGUAUGAAGCCUUGCAACUUGUAGGUCUUGUUGACAAAUUAACAAGGCAAGGAGUCGUGAUGCCCUGUGGAAUUGGGGAGGAUGGAAAACCAAAGCCAAUCGAACACGUUCUCGAAUUACAGGAGCAACUACCGAAACAGCAGUACCGUCAUAACUCAGACUCCGAUUAAGCACUGAAAAAUUAAAGCAUAUUUAUUGUAACGAGUAUUUAUGAAAUAUAGACAUGCUA